CGGAUUAUUGUAAGUUCUUCAUAAAUUGGGAAUCGAUUGUGAUAUAGUGUAGUGAAGAGUUUGUAUAUGCACUGUCUACAAAAGGAUUAACUUAUUUGGAUAACCCAAAGGAUACUUGCUAAAGGAUAUUUGCCAAAGGAUAUUUACUAAAAGAUAUUUACAUAAGCAUAUAUGAAAGGAUAAUGUGUUAUUUAAAGUGAUUUGAAAAUAGAAUUUAUUUUUGGUGAAUUAUUUGCAAGGAUAAUCGUUAAAAUGCGAAAAGUAAAAUUUAUAUUCUUAUUGGUAUUAAUCGGUUAUAUUAAUGCUGAUGUUGGUGAUAGUGGAGAUACAGAUCCUCUAAAUCCGGCAGCUGCAGAGGAAACUGUAGAUAACGAGCGAAAUGAACGUAGCAUUUUCGGAUUUGGUAAAAGCAAAGAAGUAGUUGUCGUUCCGGUUGUGAGUACUGUCGACAUAAAAGCUUCCGGCAAUAGAAAUUAUGGAUACAGUGGCAGCAGUGGUUAUGGAAAUCCUGGAUAUAGUGUCAGUACUGGUUAUGGAACUCCUGGUAUAAAAACAUCCAUUGGUGGCUAUGGAGGAAGUAAUCCAAGCGGUUAUAGUAUUCAAAGCAGUUAUCAUUCCAGUUACGGUCAGCCAUUCGGAGCUGUGAAGCAAAUUCCUUAUUCUAUGAAUGUGAGGCAAAUGUUGCCUAAUUUUGGCGCCUGUGUCGCAAUACCACUUCCGUCCAACGUUCAUUCUGAAUGUCAUGGGAACCAAUGUCAGGUAACAUGUCCAAAUGCUUACACUUUUCCUGAUGGUACAAAGUUAUUAAAAAUCAACUGUAUUGGUGGCUCAUGGAUUAUACGCGAUUCUAAAUUUACUACAGUACCAUCAUGUCAAGCUGUUUGCGUACCUCCAUGUCAAAACAAUGGAAUUUGUAUAUCGGCCGGUGUGUGUAAAUGUUCAGAAAAUUUUAUGGGACCUUUUUGUCAGACCAAAAAAUCCGUUUGUUAUGGUAAACCACCAAUACCAAGUAACUCUAAAGUCAGCUGCAGCAACAAUGUUUGUAAUGCUGAGUGUCUGCGUGGUUUUCAAUUUCCGGAUGGUAGUACCGAUACAAAAAUUGAAUGUCAGGGAAAUCAAUGGAUUCAUACAAAAUCGGGAUUAACUAAGCCGCCAGAUUGUAAACCCUCUUGUACGCCUGCCUGUGCUAAUGGUGGUCAAUGUAUAUCAGCCAAUGUCUGUCAAUGCUCCAAAAUGUACCGUGGUGAUCACUGCCAAUUCAGUAUUAAUGAAUGCAGUGUCAAUAAGACGAAUUUUAAUGGCGAAUAUAAAUGCUCUUACGACAGUAAAGAAGCGAAGUGCAUGUUUAAUUGUCCAAAGGUGCCGGGGUUAAAAGUUCAGGGCAAUUUGAAUAUCGAAUACAAAUGCAAAUAUGAGGUAGGAGCGUUUUAUCCAACUCCAAUACCCAAGUGCAUAUACCCACCUGGAUACACGAUAAAUAAGGGAAAGACAUCCUCCCACUUAGUAAUGCACACUGGUAAGACUGUAAGUGGAGGCGGUGGAAGUGGAGGUUACACAUAUUUAACUGAACGAGAACGCAUUUUGGCCAUUUUAGCAAAAUUUAAGGAAUACGACUCUCGCAGUGAGUGGUGGUCAUCAGAAGAAAAUUUAGUGUCGUCCAGCAGCUAUUCUUUAUAUACUACUGGAGAUGUGAAUGUUGUAAUAGACAGAGCGCCUAAACCAGCCAUUUGUACUACAUGGGGUGGAAUAAAUAUAAAAACCUUUGAUGGUUUAGUAUUUAAAGCACCUCUUUCUUGUUCACACACAUUAGUAAUGGACUCAGUUGAUGCUACUUUCGAUGUAACGCUGAAGGCAUGCCCAUAUGGAUCUGGUUAUGGAUGUGCCCAUACAUUGAAAAUCAAUUGGCAGUCUGUACAAUAUAUUUUGGAAAGCAUAAAUGGAACAUUGAAACUUUCGACUCGUACGAAUGUGUUGCCAAUACCAGUGCAGGUAGUGGGCAUGAAGGUAUUACCAGUAGCCGAGCACAUUCAAAUUCACUUGGAAUCUGUUGGCGUCAAAAUCGAUUGGGAUCGCCAUCAGUACAUAGCUGUACAUGUUAGUCCAAUAUUAUGGUCUAAGGUUGGUGGUCUUUGUGGUUCAUUGGACGGCGAUUACAGGAACGAUUUAAUGUCAAAAUAUGGAAAAGUAAUGGAAACAGUCAAAGCCUUUGCAGAUUCUUGGCGUGUGGAAGAUAAGUCUGAUCUGUGUGUUAUGGAAAAUAGUGCAGAGCUCGAAUUUGGUUCUUCCAAAUGUGCUUCAGAUAAACAUCAAAAAGCUAUUAGUAUAUGUGAACGCUUAUUAGCGAAUGAGAAACUUGGCGAUUGUAUCAAACUGUUCAAUUUCGAAGCACUACUGAAAACGUGUGUAGAUGACUAUUGCAAUUGUCCAAACCGUGAACAUCCCGAAACGUGCAACUGUGACGCAAUGUCAAUGUUAGCAAAAGAGUGUGUCUUCAAAGGUGUUAAGUUGGAGCAUGGUUGGCGUAAUUUGGAGAUAUGCCCGAUUAGCUGCAACUAUGGGCGUGUCUACUUACCUUGCGGUCCAGACGUUGAGUCAACAUGUGACUCAGCUCUUGAACCAACGAAAGGCAAGUGCAAUGAAGGUUGCUUCUGUCCAGAAGGUACUGUUCAGUAUAAGGAUGCAUGUAUUACGCCUGAACUGUGUCCCUGCGUUAUCCGUGGCAAGGAAUUUAAACCAGAAGAUGUGAUUAAAAGAGAUUGCAAUACUUGCACAUGCAAAAAUGGUAAAUGGAAAUGUUCAGAUGAGAAGUGCGGUGCGCGCUGUGGUGCUAUUGGUGAUCCACAUUACCAAACAUUCGAUGGCAAACGCUUCGAUUUUAUGGGAAAAUGCAGCUAUUAUUUGCUUAAAACACCAAAUAUAUCUAUCGAGGCUGAAAAUGUGGCUUGUUCUGGCGUUAUAUCUGAAAACCUGAAUUUAGCUGUCACUAGCGAUAAUCCUUCGUGUACUAAAUCUGUGACCCUGCAUUUUGUACUUAAUAAUGGAGUGGCUACAACCGUUAAAAUUAAUCAAGGCUUUCUAACACUCGUUAAUAAUAAAGAAAUAACAAAGUUUCCAAAGAUUUUAGGAGCUAAUGAAGUGCUUAUACGUCAUGCUAGUUCCACAUUUUUAACAAUUGAUUUCCCGGAUGGCUUACGCGUGUGGUGGGAUGGAGUUUCACGUGCUUAUAUCGAUGCACCACCAAGUUACCGUGGGCGUACUGCGGGGCUGUGUGGUACGUUCAAUUCAAACACGCAAGACGAUUUUCUGACACCUGAAGGUGAUAUCGAAACUGCUGUAGAGCCAUUUGCUGACAAGUGGCGCACGAAAGAUACAUGUGAUUUUCUGACUGAUACUACAACAGGUCCACACCCUUGCACUGUUAAUGCCGAGAAACGUGCCGAGGCAGAAAAAUAUUGCGCUUGGAUUACUGAAGAUAUAUUCCAGGAGUGUCAUUGGACUGUUGAGCCAGAGCAAUACUAUGAAGAUUGCUUGUAUGAUGUCUGCGCGUGUAAGGAUGAAUUAAACAAAUGUUUCUGUCCAAUUUUGUCCGCAUAUGGUGCGGAAUGUAUGCGUCAGGGUAUUAGAACUGGUUGGCGUAUGACAAUCAAGGAGUGUGCUGUUCAGUGUCCCGUUGGUCAAGUGUAUGAUGAGUGUGGUGAUAGUUGCACACGUACAUGCGAAGACUUAGCUACGAAAAACACCUGUAAGAGGGAAUGUGUUGAAGGUUGUCGUUGUCCACAUGGUGAAUACUUAAAUGAUGAAAAUGAGUGCGUGCCACAAAAGAAAUGUCCUUGCACAUAUGAUGGUAUGGUUUUUAAGCCUGGCUAUAAGGAAGUGCGUCCUGGAGAAAAGUUUCUAGACUUGUGCACGUGUGAAAAUGGAAUUUGGGAAUGUGAAGAUGCAGAGCCAGGUGAUCAAGAAAAAUACCCACCGUCAUCGGAGUUGCGUGCAGAAUGCGCCAAUAAGCCAUUUGCCAAGUUCACCAAUUGUGUGCCAAAAGAACCAGAAACUUGCAAAAACAUGCAUGAAUAUAAAGAAGAUUUGGAAGAUUGUACACCUGGUUGUGUAUGUAUGCAAGGUUAUGUUUAUGACACGACACGAAAGGUUUGUGUUUUACCUGAAAAUUGUUCCUGUCACCAUGGCGGUAAGAGUUACAAUGAUGGAGAAACAAUAAGAGAGGACUGUAAUACAUGUGUCUGCCAGUCUGGAAACUGGAAGUGUUCGUCGAACGGGUGCGAAUCUACCUGUAGUGUGUGGGGCGAUUCGCAUUUUACUACAUUCGAUAAUCAUGACUUUGAUUUUCAAGGAGCCUGUGACUAUGUACUUUCUAAAGGUGUAAACGAUCAUGGUGACGGAUACACAAUUACAAUACAAAAUGUACUUUGUGGAACAAUGGGAGUAACGUGCUCAAAGUCCGUUGAAAUUAGUUUAAGUGGUAGCGUGGAAGACACCAUAACAUUAACUUCAGACUCAACGUACAUGGAAAAUCCCAAUAAAUCGGCCAUAAAAAAACUACGAGAUGCAGUAAAUGCCAAAGCACAGGGUGCUUUCCAUAUUUACAAAGCCGGCGUUUUCGUAGUCGUUGAAGUGAUUUCACUAAAAUUGCAAAUUAAGUGGGACGAAGGCACUCGUGUGUAUGUUAAGCUAGGAAACGAAUGGAAGAACAAAGUUAACGGACUCUGUGGCAAUUACAACGACAAUGCAAUGGAUGAUAUGAAAACUCCAUCGCUGGGCUUAGAGACGAGUCCACUUAUUUUUGGUCAUGCAUGGAAAGUGCAAAAGUUUUGUGCCGUACCAACGCAACCAAUUGACGCAUGUAAAGAACACCCAGAAAGAGAAACGUGGGCUCAACUGAAAUGUGGUGUACUUAAGUCAGCAAUGUUUAAGGAUUGCCAUGCUGAAGUGCCAGUUGACAAAUUCAUGAAGCGUUGCAUAUUCGAUAGCUGUGCCUGUGAUCAAGGAGGUGACUGCGAGUGCCUGUGUACAGCCAUUGCUGCAUACGCACACUCCUGCUCACAAAAGGGCAUCAACAUAAGGUGGCGUACACCCCACUUCUGCCCAAUGCAGUGCGAUCCUCACUGUGCGGAAUAUAAAUCCUGUACGCCUUCCUGUGCAUUGGAGACAUGUGACAAUUUCCUCGAUCAAGGAAUUGCUGAACGUAUGUGCAAUAAAGAGAACUGCAUUGAGGGAUGCUACAUUAAACCAUGCGAGGAAGGUAUGAUCUAUUUGAACGACACCUACAAGGAAUGCGUACCAAAAUCUGAAUGCAAACCCGUUUGCAUGGUUAAAGAUGAAAUAACUUAUUACGAAGGGGAUGUAACAUAUCAAGACGCCUGUGCCACUUGUCGUUGCUCCAAAAAGAAGGAAGUGUGUAGUGGUGUAAAAUGCGAGAAGGAACUUACAACUAACCUGCCUAUAAUUGACGGAACUACUGAAAAACCUAUAUGCACUGAAAAUCAGACAAAAUGUGUACGGGGUUGGACUCGUUGGUACGAUAAAGAUGCCGAUAGUUCGAAUAAAACUACGCGUCUAAAUGAUGAGGAAAAAUUACCGCGCUAUGAUAGAUUGGAGAAAAUAUAUAGCAGCUGUGAGAAAAAGUAUAUGAAGAAAAUUGAGUGUCGUGUAGUUAAUACGCAUGAGUCAUCCGAUUACAUGGACGAGAACGUAUUUUGCAAUUUACGUGAGGGCUUGGCUUGUGUUGGUCAGUGUCACGAUUAUGAAAUCCGAGUUUUUUGCGAAUGUGAGGAAGCAGAGACAACAACCGUCGCUCCAACUGAAAAGCCUCUUAUUGGUAAAGUUUGCGACACUCUUAUAGCUGAAUAUAAAGAAUUUCCGGGUGAUUGUCAUAAAUUUUUGCACUGUCAACCUUCAAGCGUAGAAGGCAAAUGGGCCUAUGUGGAGAAGACUUGUGGAGAGUUUAUGAUGUUCAAUCCAACGAUGAAUAUUUGUGAUCAUAUCGCUACAGUGCAAGGUAUAAAACCAACUUGUGGCGAACCUACUCCUGAAUCACUUAAAGAACAGAAAUGCCCAGAUGGCACGGAAAUGUCAGAUUGUGCUAACCAAUGUGAGCACACAUGUCACCACUACGGCAUGAUUCUCACAAAACGUGGCUUGUGCAAAAAGGGUGAACAUUGCAAGCCUGGUUGCGUUGAUAAAAAUCGUCCAAACUGUCGUGGAGAACGGAAAUAUUGGCGAGAUGAAAACACGUGCGUUAAUGCUGAUGAAUGUCCAUGCAUGGAUAAGAAUGAAGACUACGUAAAACCGCACAUGCCCGUGAUCGGUGAAUGGGAAGUGUGUCAAUGCAUCGAUAAUGCUUACACUUGCGUGCCAAAUAAAAUUGAGCAGACAACCAAAACUCCACUCACUAAAAACAACACUGUCUAUCCGGAAAUUGAGUAUGUUACUGUUCCUAAUACUGUGACACCACCAUUACACUGUGCGCCUGAUAGAUUGAAGGUUAUGAUUCAAGCAGAUGAACCAUUGCCAGAUACCGUCUUUAAUGCCAGCUCAUCAUUAGGUCCCAAUUAUGCUCCAUACAAAGCGCGUCUGUAUAAGAAUCCCCAGGAAAAAACUGGUAGUUGGUCACCUAAUAUCAAUGACCAAAUGCAAUACUUACAAGUAACUUUCGAGGAACCGGAACCGAUUUUCGGUGUAAUAAUGGCUGGAAGUCCUGAUUUUGAUAAUUACGUGACAUUAUUUAAGAUACUUUAUAGUUAUGAUGGUGAGGUGUACCAUUAUUUAUCAGAUGAGAACGAUAAACCACAAAUGUUCAAUGGACCGUUGGAUUCACGUGAACCAGUGCAAACUCUAUUCAAAAUUCCAGUGGAAGCAAAAUCAGUACACAUUUAUCCACUAAAAUGGCAUGGUUCGAUAGCAAUGCGUAUAGAACUUCUGGGCUGUCGCACCCAUCUUGAAACCACUUUAAAAAUCGAAUCAACUACAUUAAGCUAUGUCGAGGCAACAACUACACCGCCGGUAGAAUUUGAAAAAUACACAGAAUGUAUAGAUAAAAUGGGCCUUGAAAAUGGACAAAUGAGUCCAAAUCAAGUAAAGGCAAGCAGUACUUUGCAAUUCUUGCAAUUACCGAAUAACGCUAAGAAACCGAAACUAAUUGACUUGCUUAAGCUAUCUUCUCCGGUUAGCUGGAAGCCGGUGGCUAACACACCAAAUGAAUAUGUUGAGUUCGAUUUCCUAGAGCCACGCAAUAUAUCUGGUUUUAUUACAAAAGGAGGUUCAGAUGGUUGGGUUAGCGGAUUUAAGGUUCUUUUCUCUAAGAAUAAGAAAAUCUGGAAUAAGGUACUUGCAGUUGAUGGCACAGCUAGAAUAUUCCCUGGCAAUCAUGACUCAGAUUCGGAAAAAACUAAUUUUUUCAAAACGCCAAUCUUGACACAAUAUUUAAAAGUUGUGCCAGCGAAAUGGGAGAAAAAUAUCAAUCUACGUAUAGAACCAUUAGGUUGCUUCCAUCCAUAUUUGGAACUUGAAAAAAAAGCUACGAUUCUUGACAGACCUCACAAUAAAUGUCAGGUCUGCGAUGGAAUUAUUGAUUCAACAGGGAAUGAUGAAGAGUGCAAAUGUAAGGAUGGACUUUUCUGGGAUGGCAGCAUUUGUGUAAACCAAAAUUUAUGCCCUUGUGUAGAAAACUAUAUAACCUAUCCAAUCGGUUCUAAAUUCGAAAAUAAGGUGUGUGAGGAAUGUGUUUGCUUAUUAGGUGGACACGCAAACUGCAAAUCUAAGAAAUGCCCACCUUGUGAGAAAAAUCUAAGACCAAUUAUGGGUACUGGUUGUUUCUGUAAAUGUGAACCCUGUCCUAAAUAUCAAAAGUUAUGUCCAUCAAGUGGAGAUUGUAUACCAGAACUGUUAUGGUGUAAUGGUGUUCAGGAUUGUGCUGAUGAUGAAGAUGAUACUUGCACUAAAAAGAUUCCACCCACAGAUGGAACGCAGAAAAACGAAACUGUAGUUAUUACAUGCCCAGAGCCAGUUUGUCCACCACAAAUGCAAAUCAAGAUAACUGAGAAAAAGGCAAGGAAGAUGUCAGAAAUGUUUACUUCCACUUAUUCAAAGAAAUUUACUAUGAUUAACGACGGCAACAAAAUAACAAAGACUAGUGUAGUUACUAAAACUCAAGAAUUUUUGCCCAUGCCUAGUGAUUCGGUUGAUAUGGUAAAGGAGGAAAUCUGCGCCGAGUUUACUUGUAUACCCAUACAAAUUAUUGACAAAAAUGUAUCAGUGACGUGCAUGGAACCAAAAUGUCCAAAUAACUAUGAUAUUGAAUUAGAUAUGUCCAAUGCUAAGCCCGGAGACUGUCAAAAAUAUUUAUGUGUUUUAAGGCCGAGAAAAGAUGAUACUUGUCAAAUAAGUGGCAAAUCAUUCACCACCUUUGAUGGUACCGAAUUUAAAUACGAUACAUGUAGUCAUAUUUUGGCACGCGAUCUAGUCAAUUCAAGUUGGGUUAUAUCGGUACAACUGCAUUGUACCGAUAAGACACGUAAGGUAUGUCGCAAAAUGGUAACGAUAAAGGAUGCGACGGCGCCUGCAAUAUUGACGAUUUUGCCAAACAUGAAACUUAAUUUCAAUGGCUUUGAAUAUAGUGUACAACAACUGAUUAGUUCACCAAUAUGCAAAGCGUCCUUUGAUAUUUCACAGCUGGGCAAUACUGUAUUAGUGGUAUCACGUAAACAUGGCUUUUGGGUGCGGUAUGAUGAUAUUGGCUACAUUGAAAUUGGUGUAUCAUCGAAGUACAUCAAAACAGUUGAUGGCUUAUGUGGCUAUUAUAAUGGAAUUUCUAGUGACGACAAGCGUGCACCGGACGGCACUAUUAUGCCCACAUCAGUUAAGUUUGGUGACAGUUGGUUUGACAAACAAAUAUCAAAGGAGGAAUGCUAUCCACAAGUUUGUCCAAUGGAUUUGCAAAGGAAAGCAUUGGCCUUGUGCAAUACUAUUAAACAUCCGACAUUCGUAAAAUGUGGUAAAUCGGUCAAUUCGAAGCAGUUCGUUAGCAAGUGCAUGGAGACCACUUGUGAGUGCCUCAAGACUGAAGGUGAUGCAAGUGCCUGCAAAUGCAAAAUUUUGCAAGACUUUGUCAAAAAAUGCUUAACUGUUAAUCCGAAUGUGCAGUUGAGUACAUGGCGUGCAGUGCAUCAGUGUGAAACUUCAUGUCCUGCUCCGUUGGUGCAUACAGAUUGCUAUAAACGUCGAUGUGAGCCUUCUUGUUCCUCAUUGGGCAAUGAUGAGUGUCCGGUUUUGCCAGAUGCCUGUUUUGCUGGUUGCUACUGUCCUGAAGGUACUGUGCGUAAGGGUAAGGACUGUGUACCCAUUGUUGAGUGUAAAGAUUGCAUAUGCAAUUCAUUCGGCACUUCGAAAUAUUUCACCUACGAUCGGAAGAGUUUCACAUUCAAUGGCAACUGCACGUAUCUGUUGUCAAGAGAUAUUGUGCUACCAGGAGUGCACACGUUUCAGGUUUAUGUGACUAUGGAUGAAUGUAAAAAAGUGGGAAUAACUUCGUUGCCGGAGCACACAAGUUGUGCAAAAUCCUUGCAUGUGCUCAAUGGAGAUCACGUCAUACACAUUCAACGAGUGCCAAAUAAGCCACUAGUACUCCAGGUCUUUAUUGAUGGUUUCGAAAUAAAAAAACUACCAUACAAAGACAGUUGGAUUAAUUUACGCGAAGUUAAUGGAAAAGAAUUGGUACUGACAUUACCAGAAUCUCAUACUGAAUUGACAGCUGCUAUGGAAGAUUUAGUUUUCUCUAUUGGUGUACCAAGUGUUAAGUAUGGCGGCAAAAUGGAAGGUUUGUGUGGUGAUUGUAACGGUAAUCCUGAUAAUGAUCUACAACAAAACCCAGCAAAGAAGAAGAAGGGUAAACCAAGUAAAGACUUGGUUGAUGUUAUAAAAAGCUGGCAAGCUGAUGAACCAAAAUUGGGUCUCGAAAAUAAUGAAUGUUUGAGUGAAGAUGUACCUAAACAAGAUUGUAUACCACUACCACCGGAAAAAGAUCCUUGUAUGCUCUUGCUCAAUGAGGACAUUUUUGGUAAAUGCAGUAUGAUCGUUGAUCCAUUAGUAUAUGUAUCAACCUGCCAGCAGGAUAUGUGUAAGCCAGGUAAUAAUCAAAAGGGUGCCUGUGAUAUGCUAAGUGCAUAUGCCAAGGAGUGUGCUAAACACAAGGUUUGUGUGAAUUGGCGACGACCAGAUUUCUGCCCAUACGAAUGUCCAGCUGACAUGCUCUAUGAACCUUGUGGCUGUGCCAAGACAUGUGACACUGUUAAAAAAUUGUCUGAAUUUGAUGCAGUUAAUAUAAAUACGAAUGAAGUGAUAGAGACAGUGACCAUGGAGGAUGUAUGUGCAACUCAAGGACGCUUUGAAGGUUGUUUCUGUCCACCAGGAAAGGUUUUAGAUAAAGGAAAAUGUAUUGAACAGAAAAUGUGUGUGAAAUGUGAUGAUUUAAUACAUAUGCCAGGUGAUAAAUGGCAAAAAGAUAAAUGCACGGAUUGUAGUUGUGACAAGAGUGGCAAAACUCUUUGUGUGGAACAAAAAUGUUUAGUAGAGGAAAAUAUUUGUGCAGAAGGUUAUAAACCACAAAAAAUAGUAGUAGAUGAACAGUGUUGUCCACGAUAUGCUUGCGUACCGGAGCCAAAAGUACCACCAUCUAAGCUAUGCUUAGCACCUAUAAUGCCUAUUUGCGGUCCUGGACAAUUUAAGAAACAGAAGACUGGUCCUGAUGGUUGCCCACAAUACAUAUGUGAAUGUAAGCCGAAAGAGGAAUGUGAUAAGUUGGUUCCACCAAAAGAACUUCAACCUGGUCAAAAAGUAGUUCAAGAAGAAUUAGGAUGCUGUCCUACACAAAAAAUUGUUUGCGAUAAAACAACUUGUCCAGAAGCGCCACAGACCUGUACUGAGAAAUUCUUUGAAGUUACUAAAUUAGAGAAACCAGAAUUAUGUUGUCCUGUCUACAAAUGCGCUCCACCAAAAGAUAUUUGCAUUGUACAAUAUGACUCACCUGAGGAUUCUAAGUUUACUAAAAAUGUGAAUGAAAAAUGGAUCCAUCCACACAACGCUUGCCUGCACGAACGUUGUACUUAUGGACCAAAUGGUUCAACUCAGAUACUGUCAACUGAAGAAACUUGUAACACAAGCUGCCCACUUGGCUUCACAUACAAGAAAAUGGAUUCCUCCAAAUGUUGUGGAGAAUGCAUUCAAACGGAAUGUUUGUUUGAAUCUAAACUACACAAGCCUGAAGAGGAAUGGAAGAGCGCCGAUAAUUGCACUUCUUACAAAUGCAUUCAAAAGGAAGAUAUGCUUAUUGUAAAUUCAUUUAAAGAAACUUGUCCAGAUGUAAGUAAGUGUCCAAGUCAUUUACUAAUCGAUGAAGGCUGCUGCAAGUAUUGCAAAGAAGAACCCGUUGUAGAAAAUCAAAAAGACUGUUUAGCAAUUUCUUUAGCUGAUACCGAAACAAGGAAUCUAAUAAAGAUCCGCAUAGCUAACCAUGGAUUCUGUGUUAAUACUGAACCCAUUAAAGGCUUUACUGAAUGCGUAGGCACAUGCUUCUCUGGUGCGAAAUAUAAUAAGAAUACGUUUACUCAUGAUAAGAUAUGUAAUUGUUGCAGCAUCAAAUCGUAUAAAACCAUCGAAGUACCGUUGGUCUGUGAGGAUGGUUUUAAAAUUCCAAAGGAUCUUGAAAUUCCCUCUUAUUGUGGUUGCUUACCAUGCUCUGAAUCAGUUGAGUAUCAAACGGACCCACAGAUUGAUAUACGUCUGCACCCACUACCACUGGCUCAAUUAAUAAGUAACCAAAAUAUCAAACACUAAAAACACUUAAGACUUGAAAUUAUUUUCCAAUUUUAGAAUUUUAUUAAGUUCUUAAAAUAAUGGUUAUAUAAAGAUGAAAAACAAACAUGUAACUUAUGAUAGAUCGAAGAUAAAAAACUGAUAAGAAUAAAAUGUGUAUUAUCUUACA